UAAUAAAUAAUAAAAAUUGCUGCAUGAUUUUGUUUUAAAGUUCGUUGUGCUGAUGGGAACUCACAUGUGACUUCCAUCUACCUAAUUCUUCCAAUGUUUUAGACUUUAAGGUGGUAGUUUUAAAGACUUCUUUGGGUUAUACAUAUUGUUUUUCUGGAAACUUUUACUGUUGGAGCAGUCUUUUUUCUGUAGGUAGUAUAUAUAUUUUUUGUUAUAACUGGCAUAAAAGUUUAAAUUCUGCACAAGUAAUAUUGGAUUUUAUGUGUGCAAAUAAGACCCGAGAUUCAGUUUAAUUUUAGGUGUGUGUGGAGUUGUGCAAGUGCUGAUCAUUUUAGAGCAUUUAUAUUAUUAUUAUUGUAAUAUUAUAUUUGUAUAAAAACAUAGAAAAUAGAGAAAAAUAUGUUAAAACUGUAACAACACGUAAUACUGAAUUUCUUUUAUUCAGUUAUAUACUUUGUUUAUCCUGCUUCCAGUAAAAAAUUUUCUUAAAUCCAUUACAGGGGCUAUUGUUUCAGUGCAGAAAACAAACAUUGUAGAAGUUCCAGGAGUGUGAAGGCAAAUGUUUUGCAAAAAAUUACCCAACUUUAACUUGCCAAUAAAGAAAUUGAAAUGCAGUUUGGUUUCAAAGGCGUAUCACUUGCCCAGUCAAAUGAAAUGUGUGGAACUUAAUAAAUAUGCUGAUUGCCUUGAUGACCUAAAAAUUAAUGCAACAACAUCACCUCCAACUGAUAAAGAAAUAGGGGCUCAUCAGGCUUUAAUUAAGGUUAUGGCUGCAUCUAUCAAUCCAUUUGAUAUCGAAAUGACUAGAGGAUAUGGUCGAGAAGCUAUGAAUGUUUUCCGAAGAAUGUCAAAACAUCCAGAAUUUCCUUUAAUAUUAGGUCGUGAUUGUUCUGGAAUUGUGAUCAAACGUGGCAAACGUUUUCGGCGAUUUAAAGUUGGAGACGCUGUUACUUGUGUACGUUGGAUUGAUGGGCAAGGAACUCAUGCAGAGUACGUGGUUGUAAAUAAAUGCGAGAUGUCACUUAAACCAUGUAACUUAACACAUACAGAGGCUUCAAGUUUUCCAUAUGUUGGAUGUACCACUUGGAAUGCGCUUAUCCAUUCAGGGGCAGUACCCAUCACUGGUAGACCAAAAAAAGUAUUUAUUCCUGGUGGUACUGGAGGUAUCGGAUCAUUUGCUGUACAGUUGUGUCAGAGUUUUGGACAUGAUGUGUUUACAACAUGUGCCACAGAUGGUAUUAAAAUUUUAAACAACAUUGGAAUUAAGAAUGUGAUCGAUUAUACAUCAACAAACUACUUACGUGAUCUUGAAUCAUGUGGCCCAUUUGAUGUUAUAUAUGACACACUGAACGAAAAAUACUUUGAACUUUUUAAGGGACUUUUGAGAGACAUGUCAUUUUCAAGUUAUGUGUCACUUCGCCCUACUUUACUACCCGAGAUGGAUGAACAAGGCGUGGCAUUGGGUUUAUUAAAAUCUGGUGGAAAGUUUUUGCAAUCCAAUUUAUCACAACUAUCAUCUGGAAAGGGAAGUUAUAGAUGGGGUUUUUUCACACCCAAUGCAUUAAUGUUGGACCAAAUUAGGCCACUAAUUGAGAGUGGAAAGAUAAAGCCAUUAAUUGACAAAGUAUUUACUAUCGAUGAUGCAUUAGAUGCUUAUAAACAUGUUGCAGAGGGCCACACACGUGGUAAAACAAUAAUAAAAAUGACCGAAGACUAG